GCGUAUGAGUCUACUACUACUGCAUUACGGAAAUGGACGCGGACCAUCGUUCAUUAUCUCCGCAAGGGUCACGCCGACGGAGCGAUGCGGAAGCGAAUUGCGGAGAAGCUCACAGCUUUGAAUGACCAAAUACCCGAUGGCUCUUUUGAGUGUAUCCCACCCGAGCCGGCCUGGAGGGACAUGCUCGUCGCCACUGUGAAGCAGUAG